AUGAAGCCACUACUACAAACAGUGGCGGCAAUAUGCCUCAUUCUUGCCACACACGCACUCCCAGAGAAUAUCGAGGAUGUUAAAGAGCUACCUCAGAGCAAAGAGCCGGUGGUAGAGGCCGAAGAAUCAGCACCUCAAGCGAGAGCAGAGCGCUGCACCUCUUGCUCCUCCACUAUUAACCUGAGUUCUAAGUCGCCGCAGGAGAUUAUUGCAGCGCUGCAAUCGCUUCCUGGGGGUGAAGUACACACGCAGCAAUCCUUCGAAGGCUGCUCGAGUAGCAAGGGCUGCGCUGGUAUUAAAUACCAAGACGGAAAAAUCACUGAUAAGUUCGGAAACUUGAAUGCCUUUGGUGGCGAGAACGUCUUCAAAGCCGGUUCAUCUUUCGGUAGUAAUUUGCUCAACGGUAAAAUUUCCAGCAAACCAUUCUGGUGGAUGGGCGACAACUCACCCUUUAACUUAAACUCCGGAAACUUUGAUACAAAGACCUCGAGCUCAGGCUUUAUCAACAACAGCGGAGGUAAAGGACAAUCGACAUACGAAACUUCGUCUUCCUCUUUCCAAUCGAGUCAGGAAGGAGUGAUUGACGUUGCUAACAACCCAUUCCUCAAUGGUAACUUCAACUUUGGGCAAUCUGGUUUCACGGCUGGUUUAGGCAGUGGAUUUGCCUCUGGCUCUCAAGGCGCUGGCAGCUCAUUCCAGAGCGGAUUCGGUACUGAUCAAUCCUCAUACUCCGAAAGUGCCGGUAACAAGUUCUCCGGCGCAGGCUACGUCGGUUCUUCACCCAGACCAUUUGCAACCAGCACUGGCUCUAAUGUAAACCUGAUCCAGAACACACAGAAAGUUAACGAGUACGACUUUGAUCAGACCCAGCAGACUGUGAGUGGGGACAUAUUCCGCGAAACCUCGAACAUCAACAUCCAAGGACAGUACGACGGUGAUCUGCAGCAAACUUGCAGCGGUCAGGGCUACGUCUGCGUCCUCAGGUCUCAGUGCAGCAAUGGAAUUCUGAACACAAACGGCGCUGGUAUUCUUCAAACUAGAAACAAGAAGCAGUUCUGCAACACAAGGACUGAAACUUGCUGUAGACUAGGUUCUACUUCAACUUUUGGAAAUGGUUUCUCAACUGCUGACACCGUAAGCCAAGGUUCAGGACUCGUCUCUAGCACCGCUUCUAGCUUCUCUUCCGGAUCUUAUGGAUCAUCCAGUGGUUCCCAAAAGGGUUCAUACGGUUCUCAAAACUCAUUUGGAUCGCAAAACGGCUUCGGCACAACCGGCAACCAGGGAUUAUAUGGUAGUCAGAGUGGAUCGAACGGUGCUUCAAGUGGAUUUGGAAGCCAAAGCUCAUCUUUCAACAGCCAAUCAAGCUAUGACUCCAACCGAGGCUCCUUUGGCACUAGCUACGGAUCAACGGUUCCUGCCGUUACAGCAGUCCCUGUUGCCUCAACAAGCGCCUUUGCAUCAGUUAGCUCAGCUGGAUCAACAGGAUUCACGGGAUCAAGCGGCUCGACUCUACGCCCAGAUAUCUUUAAGCCAACAGGACAAAGCAACUUCGUUGAGACGAACUCUUUCGCAUCCCAGUCUAAUAACCAAAACGUAUACAGACCCGGUACGAUUGGCAGUGGCCUCAAGCCUGGUGUACCUUACCUACCACCUGUUGACAGCACUAACAGCGGUACUAACGUUGUGGGUUCUACCGUAUUCACCACACCUCGUCCAGUAUCCCAAUUCACAACGGUCCGUCCACAAACACCUCGUCCUGUCAGCACACCGCGUCCCGUGUCUACCUUCACCACACCUAGACCGACUUACCUUCCACCCGUGUCAUCAUCUACCACCGCUCCUGGUUACUUGCCACCAAUCGGUGAACAGACCAUAAACCAGGAAACCUUCGUGCCCAACCCUAAUUAUAACGAAGGAGGAAUUAUUCUUGAUGAGACAAGACAGCCGUCGCCUCCACGCCAGCCUACUAUAAACGAAAUUCCUUCUGGAUGCGCCGCGGCCUUAAAAUGUACCCCGAUUGAAUACUGCACAGCUGAUGGAGUCAUUUCUAACACCACCGUAUUUCUCACCAAGGAUCAAGAUGCUUACAGAGUUCCUCUUACUGACUGCAAGGACGCUGAAACAAACCGCGUUGGAAAAUGCUGCCGUGAUCCAAACUACACCGACCCAUGGCCGACCAACCAGCUUGGCAAAUGGGUGCCCGGUGUGUUCGGUGGCAACGAUGGCAAAUACGUUCCCGACAACCGUGGCAGCCCUAACAACCCAAGACCACAGGUCACGUCAAAGCCCUUCGUCACUGGAAGCACUAUCCUAAAUAACUUUAGGAAUCCAAAACCGACAACACCUACUUUUGGACCGAACCAAGUGACACCAGGUUACCCAGAUCAAGGUGGGCAAAUCACAACGGGCAUUAAACAAGUGUCUCAAUACGGUCAAGGGCAAUACAGUAAGGGUGGUGUGGGUCAAUUCGGUCAAGGUGGUAUUGGACAAGUAACUCAAACAGGCGUUGGUCAAUACGGUCAGAAGGGUGUAGGUCAGAUUAUCCAAACCGGUGUUGGACAGUUUGGACAAGGGGGAGUAGGCCAAUACACCCAAAGUGGAUUCGGACAAUACUCUCAGGGAGGUCGAGGGCAAAUCAUUAGUCAAGGUAAAGGUCAAUUCACCGUCCAAGGUCAAGGUCAGAUUGGCGUCCAAGGACAAGGCAUUGGAAUCAGUCAAGGAGGGGGUGCGAUAAUUUCACAAGGACAAGGUCAAUUUGUGAAGCAGGGUGAGGGCCAAGGCACCAAAUUCGGCCUGGUUUCCCAAGGGUUCGGACAGCGCGUUGAAACCGGCGGUGGACAGUACACUGAACAGGGUGGAGGCCAGUACACCCAGCAGGGUGUGGGACAAACGAUAGUGCAGGGCGGCGGCGUAGGCAUUCGUCAAGGUGUAGGCCUCGCGGUCUCUCAAGGUGUGGGCUCCGCCGUAGAGAACGAGUACAGCGAAUCCACUCGCAGGGUCUACCUACAGCGAUACGAUGGAACUGGCCAGUGUGGAAUUAAACAUCCCCAAAGACCGUACGGCAACCGUGAGGACGACGUGGCGUUCGCCGAGAUCCCAUGGCAGGCUAUGGUGCUGUUGCAGACCAACAAGAGCCUGCUCUGUGGUGGUGUGAUCACCAGGCCCGAUGUUGUCGUGACCUCUGCUGCAUGCGUCGACGGAUUGGAAGCCAAGAACGUUCUCAUCAAAGGCGGUGAAUGGAAGCUCGGAAUCGACGACGAACCUCUACCAUUCCAGAUUGUCCAGGUCAAGACUAUCGUAAUCCACCCGGGAUAUCAGCCAGGAAGCCUCCAAUACGAUGUCGCUAUUCUCUACCUCUCCGAGAACUUGAGAUUGGCGGAUAACAUCCAGCCCAUUUGCAUGCCAGAUGCCAAGGACAACCUGGACGCGUUCUACAGCGGUGCUGGCCAGUGCAUAGUGACUGGUUGGGGCAAGCAGGUCUUGCAAGCUCAUCUAUCUGGCAGCCUCAUGCACAGCAUCAACGUGUCUCUAAUCGAGCCCACACAGUGCGAGGCUAAGAUCCAGCAGAACUACCCUCACCUUCUGGACAACUACGACCAGGAGAGCUGCAUCUGUGGAGAGCCUUCUAACCCUCUUAACAACAUUUGCAGGGUUGACAUUGGAAGUGCUCUUGCUUGCACAACCGGCGAUGGUUACUUCGUCCUACAGGGAGUCUACUCUUGGGAUUCAGGCUGUCAGACCGGCAACCAGCUAGCCGCUUUCUACAAAUUCGACAUUGAGUGGUACGAAUGGGCCAUCGGUCUAACUGAGAGCGUUCGUUUCACUCAGUUUGUUCGUGGUACCAAGAUCACUCAGACUCGCUACACUGGACAAGUCACAUCUGGUACCAAAGGCAUCCAGUACACGGGCGGAAUCAAGGGAACCAUUGCUGGAGGAUUCAAUAAGUUUGGCGGACAAGGCCAGUUCACACAGUUUGGUGCUGGCGGACAAGGGCAGCUUACACAGUUCGGUGCUGGACAAUUUAGCCAAGGUCAAGGGCAAAGUGGAUCGAACCAAGGAUCUGGUAACCUUUACGGACAGAAUCAGUACAGUUCAAGCAAUUACAGCCAAUUCAGUACAUCAAGCAACCAGCAAUAUUCGGGAUCUCAGAACCAAUUCACCUCUGGAAACUUUGGUGGAAGCACAACAGACUAUAAUUCAGGCAGCUCAAUCUUUGGCACUAACAAUAAUGGACCAUCAUCAAACUCGUUUACAUCCACUUAUACCGAGAAGAAGUUUUUCCAAACUGAGCCAAAAUACUACACCUUCACCACCAAGCCAGAAAUCGUAACUUACACAACCAAGCCAGAAAUCGUUACGUUUACAACAAAGCCGGAAAUAUUCACUUACACCACAAAGCCCAAAAUCAUCACAUACACAACCAAGCCAAAAAUUAUAACCUACACAACCAAGCCGAAAAUUAUAACUUACACUACUAAACCACAGUUUAUAACCUACGAAACGUCUGGCAGCGGUACAAACCCGCAAUAUGUCGCGCCAGGCGCUUCCUUCAACCCCACAUUUUCAGAAAUUGUCGGUGCAGAACACAAGCACAGUGCCCAAUGCAAGUGCCUAGAGAAAGGCAAAAAGUAA